AGUCCGGGUGUUUGUUCUCGUUUGCAUCUUCACAUUAUCCGUGAAAGAAAAGAAAACUAAAAGUUAUAAAUAAGCAGUUUAAUCACAUUCCAGGAUGGGUCGGAGGAAGAAGGCACGUAAACCACCACCCAAAAGGAAGGCAAUAGAACCACUGGACCUUAUUUUCAACUGUCCAUUUUGUAACCACGAAAAAUCCUGUGAAGUGAAAAUGGAUCGGAACCGCAACACUGGAAUUAUUAGCUGCAGUGUAUGUUUGGAAGAUUUUCAAACAAGUAUAAAUUAUUUGUCGGAACCAGUCGAUGUCUACAGUGACUGGAUUGAUGCUUGUGAAUCCGCGAACCAGUGAGAUCUUCCAACACUUCUUGUUAAGGUUCAUAUAAAAAACAUUCAGCUGCUGCUUAGGAAUGGGGUGGGGGUGGGGGUGUGGCUUUUUUAACCUGUGAAAUAAUACCAGCCCACCCCCACCCCCUCAACACAAUAUCUGCAAAUCAGAUGUCCUUUCUUUUUUUUUUUUUUACUUCAUCAUUUUAACCUUCUUCACCUUCAAUUUUUUUUUUUAAUCUCUUCUCUGGGUGUCCCUUUUUUCUUAUCAUCCCUUCAUCAUUUUUAUCAUUCUCCCCCAAAGAAAAUCUUACUCAGUUUUACACCUGGCUGCUUGCAACAUUAGUUAAGUCUCCUCCCUGCCACACUUUUCUUUUUUUUUUCCUUCCUUCCUUCCUUCCUUCCACCCUUCUUUCAUUCAUAUUCAUUAAAACCAUCUGAAAGUUAUUUAAAAUGUCAAAUCAACUAAUGCUUGUUUUUUUUUGUUUUUUUUCCUCUCGUAUCUAAGUUCUCCAGUUGAUUCUUUCAACUAAAAAAUUCAAGGCGGUGCCCCAGCAUGGCCGCAGUCUAUUAACUGAAACAAGUAAAAGACUCCCCACUGAUUUAUGGGCAAACAUAACCGUUGAACGAAUGGUGUCGUUUGUUUGCAAUCAUUGGUGAAAAAGAAUUGUGUUGGGUCAUUGUUUGUGUUUGAAGGAAUCGGGGGAAAAUGUUACCUGGAUUCCAAACAGGUGAGACCAGGAAACGGAAUCUGGUCAAAGAAAUUCUGCCUCAUUAAAAAUGAUGAUCAUCAAAUGCAAAAUAUAUAUUUAAAAUGAAGUUAGCAA